AUGGCCCAAAAGUGUGUCCAUCAAGGUUGUGGAAAGGAGUUUACGGACCCUGAUGAGAAGUGCGAGUACCACCCCGGUCCGCCUGUUUUCCACGAGGGGCAGAAAGGAUGGAAGUGCUGCAAGCCUCGAGUUUUGACCUUUGAUGAGUUUAUGGAGAUUCCGCCCUGCACGACAGGCACUCAUUCCACCACCGACAAGCCGCCGCAACUGGAGGAGAAACCUCAGCAGGACGAUGCUGAUCUCGUCAAGAAGAUCGAUGCGCUAAACGCUGCGACUCCCUCGCGUGCACCAGUUCCGACUGCUCAGCAUGCUCCCACCCCGCCUCCCCCAGCUCCCGAGUCGGAAGACGACGACCCCAGUCUCGAGAUUGCCGACGGCGUUGGCUGCAAGAGAAGAGCCUGCGGCGCAACUUAUAAGAAGGGUAGCUCGAGAGACGAAGAGGAGUGUGUUCACCACCCAGGUGUCCCGAUCUUCCAUGAGGGAAGCAAGGGCUACUCCUGCUGCAAGAGGAGAGUGCUGGAGUUUGACCAGUUCAUGAAGAUCGAGGGAUGCAAAACUAAGAACAAACACUUGUUUGUGGGCAGCGGAAAGAAGGAUGGCGCUGAUAGCGAGGAGAUUGUUUCUAACGUCAGACAUGACUUCUAUCAGACCCCCGUCAACGUUAUCGCAUCUUUCUUCUUGAAAAAGAUCGACAAGGGCACGGCCAAGAUCGAGCUCCAGCCCAAGCAGCUGAAGCUUGACCUCGCAACAUCCGACUCGCCUCCCAAGCGCUAUACCGCCGACAUCCCCUUAUACGGUUCGAUUGACCCAGAGAAGUCAAGCUACAGAGUGCUCGGCACGAAGUUGGAGUUUGUCCUGGCUAAAUCUGACGGCGCCUCGUGGCCAGUGUUUCGAGGCGACGAAGCCCUGACAGCUGGAGACAUCUUACUACGACAGGACACUCCUCAGAUAGCUAGAAACAUUUCUGGUUACACAGCUUAUGAUGUGUUAAACUACACCAGUGCUAACCUUGACGAUUUGCCGAAAAUAGAAGUUCCAUUGCGUAUUCUUUGUGUUGGAGAUUCGAUUACUGAAGGAUGGGGCAGUGAUUCCAAUGGCGGUGACGGAAAUGGCUAUCGACUUUCUCUUGCAGGGCAUCUAUCUCGUGAAGAUGUUGUCUUUGCUGGUACAAGGCACCGAGGAUCAAUGGAUGAUAGGUACCAUGCAGCAUGGUCCGGAAAGACUAUCCAGUACAUAAACGAUCAUGUCACAGAAUCAUUGGAGCAGAGACCAAAUGUUGUUCUUCUACAUGCUGGGACAAACGAUAUGGACAGGCGAUCUUCGAUCUCGAAAGAAGGCAGCGAUCCGAAAGGUGUAGCAAAGCGUCUAGGUCAACUUAUCGAUAAAAUCAUCGAAUACUGUCCUGAUGCAGUGAUUCUAGUCGCGAUACCUCUAUCAUCCUGUGAUGGAUUCAAGUCCAGAUCUCCGGAAUACAGAGCCAUGAUCCCCGAGGUCGUGCGGAAGCGGCGACAAGAGGGAAACCAUGUUGUUGCCGUGGACUUUAGCACUUUCGAUUUGAAGGAUUUAAGAGACUGCUUGCACCCUACAAAUGAAGGUUAUGGAAUUAUGGGCGAUUACUGGUAUGACUUUUUGACACAAGUACCGGAGGGAUGGAUUAAGGAGCCUGUUGGGGAUGAUCCAGAGAGAGGGGAUGACAAUGGAGUUGAGUGGUUGAACUGA